AUGCAUGAUAUUUGUAAUUACGACACAUACUUCAUUCAGAAGUAUGAUGCUGUUGGAGUUCUGGGUCUUCUCCUGGAGCAAAAACUUACAGCUGCUUUGCGGAUGCUUGCUUAUGGGGCAUUUGCAGAGCAGGUGGAUGAGAUUGCAAGGAUGGGAAAAUCAACUAUCCUAGAGUGCUUGGUGAGAUUCUGUGAUACAGUAAAAAAUCUCUACACGAGGGAGUACCUUCGCAAACCUACUCCUUGGGACCUCCAAAGGCUUCUGCAAAAAGGUGAGGCUCGAUGUUUCCCAGGAAUGAUUGGAAGCAUCGAUUGCAUGCACUGGCAGUGGAAGAAUUGCCCAACAGCUUGGCAAGGAGACUAUGGAAAUCGAAAGGGCCAAAAAAGUAUAAUUCUGGAGGCCGUAGCUUCAUUCGACACUUGGGCUUGGCAUGCCUUAUUCGGAGUUGCCGAAUCUCAGAAUGACCUCAAUGUGCUUGGUCAAUCCCCGGUCUUCAACGAUAAGUAUGAUGCUGUUGGAGUUCUGGGUCUUCUCCUGGAGCAAAAACUUACAGCUGCUUUGCGGAUGCUUGCUUAUGGGGCAUUUGCAGAGCAGGUGGAUGAGAUUGCAAGGAUGGGAAAAUCAACUAUCCUAGAGUGCUUGGUGAGAUUCUGUGAUACAGUAAAAAAUCUCUACAUGAGGGAGUACCUUCGCAAACCUACUCCUUGGGACCUCCAAAGGCUUCUGCAAAAAGGUGAGGCUCGAUGUUUCCCAGGAAUGAUUGGAAGCAUCGAUUGCAUGCACUGGCAGUGGAAGAAUUGCCCAACAGGUUGGCAAGGAGACUAUGGAAAUCGAAAGGGCCAAAAAAGUAUAAUUCUGGAGGCCGUAGCUUCAUUCGACACUUGGGCUUGGCAUGCCUUAUUCGGAGUUGCCGAAUCUCAGAAUGACCUCAAUGUGCUUGGUCAAUCCCCGGUCUUCAACGAUGUAUUGCGAGGUCAUUCCCCCCAGAUCACGUACCAAAUCAACAAUACCGUAUACUCUAGUGCGUACUACCUUACCGACGGAAUUUAUCCUAGGUGGACGACAUUCGUGAAAACAAUUCCGAAUCCCCAAUCCGAGAAGGAAAAAAGCUUUGCUGCCUUUCAAGAAAGUAACAGGAAAGACGUGGAAAGGUGUUUCGGUAUCUUGCAAGCUCGUUGGGGUAUUAUUAGGGGUGCUGCUCGGAUGUUUGAUGAGGAG